AUGUUCGCUAUCCGCGUUGCUCUCAUUCUCUUAGCUGCUCUGUCGGCGUCCGCAGCUCCCCUCCGUCUCGGCAAGGCCGCUGCGAACAUGCAACAGCGCGAGCCUGCGCCUGUACAGCUCAUUCACGCCUACGAGCGCGCUGAGCUCGAUAUCAACACGAUGCCGGAGGAGUCCCCCAGCCAGUCUCUUGACGGUACUAUCACUGCCUACGCCGGUCAAAAACGUGACGGUGCCGACAUCAACACCAUUCCUGCCGAGCAGCCCACCCAGAGCCUCGACGGCACGAUCACCGCUUACGCUGGCCAGAAGCGUGAUGAUACCGAUAUCAACACGAUCCCCGCUGAGCAGCUCACCCAGAGCUUGGACGGCACGAUCACCGCAUAUGCCGGCCAGAAGCGUGCCGACGCUGACAUCAACACUAUCCCGGCUGAGCAACCUACGCAGAGCCUCGACGGUACUAUUACUGCGUACGCUGGCCAGCGGCGCGAUGACGCCGACAUCAACACCAUCCCUGCCGAGCAGCCCACCCAGUCCCUCGACGGUACUAUCACCGCAUACGCCGGGCAGAAGCGCGACGACGCCGACAUCAACACAAUUCCCGCCGAGCAGCCUACGCAAAGCCUCGACGGGACUAUUACCGCAUACGCCGGCCAGAAGCGCGAUGACGCUGAUAUCAACACGAUCCCUGCCGAGCAGCCUACUCAGUCCCUUGACGGAACUAUCGCCGCGUACGCCGGGCAGAGGCGCGACGACGCCGACAUCAACACCAUUCCCGCCGAGCAGCCCACACAGAGCCUCGAUGGCACGAUCACGGCGUACGCUGGUCAGAAGCGUGAUGGCACUGAUAUCAACACCAUUCCGGCGGAGCAGCCCACGCAGUCUCUCGAUGGAACUAUCACUGCGUAUGCCGGCCAGUAG